GGGUUUUACCCAUUCGAGGUGACCCCGGCCCAUCUCGCAUACACCCUCCUCGGCGGCUUCACCGUCGUCUUUGGCAUGUUCUCUGCCUUCUUCAAGGAAAAAAUGUACCUCGGAGAAGCCCCCAUCGCCACCUUAUUUGGCAUCAUCCUCGGCCCGCACGUCGCAAACCUUAUCGACCCCUACUCGUGGGGCGGAGGUGAUCACGCCGUGACGGAUGAGAUCACCCUCGAGAUCACUCGGGUGGUGAUUGCCAUCUCUGUCUUUGCAGUCGGUGUGGAAUUGCCCAAGAAAUACAUGCUGCGGCACUGGCGAACCAUGAUCGUCCUUCUCCUCCCCUGCAUGCUGUGGGGAUGGUUCAUCUCCGCCCUCCUCAUGUGGGCACUCAUACCCGGGCUCAAAUUCCUCUCUUGCCUCCUCAUCGCAGCUGCAGUCACUCCCACCGACCCCAUUCUCGCCCAGUCCGUCAUCGGGGGGACGUACGCCGAAAAUCACGUACCCGCGCAUAUCCGACACAUGCUUUCCGCAGAGUCUGGGUCCAACGAUGGUGCCGCAUUCCCGUUCCUCUACAUUGCGCUCUACCUCACCCUCGACGCAAGUCCAGGACACGCCGUUGGCGAAUGGUUCUACGCCACAAUUGCGUACGAGAUCGUCCUUGGUACCGUCCUUGGCUCUCUGAUCGGAUGGGUAGCUCGCAAGGUCAUGCAAUUUUCCGAAGAGCGCAAAUACAUUGACCGACAAUCAUUCGUCGCGCAAUACGUCAGCUUGGCUCUGCUGUCAAUGGGCGGUACCGUCCUCCUCGGUAGUGACGAUUUGCUCUCCGCCUUUGCCUGUGGAUGCGCAUUCGCAUGGAAUGGUUACUUUAAUCGCCAAACCGAAGACGCCGUAUUUUCCAACGUUGUCGAUCUACUCUUCAACUCCGCCGCCUUCAUCUACGUCGGCGCCUUGCUGCCGUUCCCUGAUUUCAACAAUCACGAACUCGGCCUCGACUGGUGGCGGCUGUUUGUCCUUGCCAUCUGUAUCCUCCUCGCGCGCCGACUUCCCAGUAUUCUCGCAUUAUACAAGUUGAUGCCCGACAUCAAAAGCUUCCGCGAGGCCUGCUUCACCGGAUGGUUCGGCCCAAUGGGAGUCGGCGCAGUCUUCAUCUCCACCCUCGCCCGUCACAGUCUUCCCUACGGCGAUCCCGACGCCGACACAGCCCAGGUCGACCGAAUCCGAGAAAUCAUCAGCCCCAUCACCCUCUUCCUCGUCUUAUCUUCGGUCCUGUCUCACGGCCUGUCUAUCCCAUUCUUCUCGCUCGGACGCCGUGUCCACUCCAUCACCUACACCUGGUCCCGUCAACCCUCCAUGCGCGACAAUCAACCCGCCUGGACAUCCCAAGUCCGCCACGUUCAACCCGGCCAGUCCAUCAUUGUCAACCGGGACGAAGACCCAGAAGAGGGCGACGCGGGGGUACGGCAGACGGAAAAGCUGGGCCAUUCCAGCACUGGCGAGUCGUCGAGCGAUAGGACGCGCCGAGAUGAUAUAGAGAUGAGGGAAAAGUCCCAGCGGUCAUCCCGCGACAGCGGAGAGGACGAGCAGGAGGGGUCAGAAGGAGCGAUCGGCGAGCGGGCCGGCGAAGAUGACAACGAGCCGGGCACCCCACCUGUCGCCGAGUACCGCGAGGGGGACGACCUAAUCAUCGAGCGAAAACGCAAGGGUGAAGAGGUCGAGGUGGAAAUGGUCAAGCACCACUUUAGCAAGGAGCGGGAAGCUCAAUCCCAUAAAUUCACGCACCAUCAGUCCCUCGAGGAGCACGAAGUGGGCAACCUCCGCCAUCACCUCUCCAAAUCCGACCGCCUAUCGUCAGACUUUGACGGCCGUCAAGCCAUGAGCCAACCCCCAUCCCCACCCGCCGACGAAUCCUCCCGAGGCGUCGCAUUCGGCUCCACCCCCGCUCCCGCCCGAGGC